AUGAGGAUAGAAAGAAGAAGAGGGAGAAGUUACAGCAACAGAAGAAGAGAAAGCUUGAAGAGGAGGAGAAGAAGAACAAAAUGGCAAUGGACUUUGAUGAGGUCGAGCUGGAAGGAAACACUCGUGGCAAAAAAAAGGUCAGACGUUCAAGCGACUAAUGUUUGGAUCACAUGUCAAUUCAUUCAUUCAUUCAUUUAUCAUUUAUUCAUUCAUUUAUCAUUUAUUCAUUCAAUCGUUCAAUCACAAUCCGAUCAUUCACAAGCAUAUAAUAAACUUUGUAUGCAUGUUGUUAACUCCAAACAUGUUUGGAAC